AUGAUUAAACAGAUUUCCAUAUUUGUUUUCUAUUUUAUAUUUUUAGCUAAAUGCGAAGACUUUAGUUCAUUAUUCUCGACCAACUACACUGAGCUUGCUCCUGAUCCUACUUAAAUUAUGACUUUUCAAAACACUACAGCACCUAUGUAGUUUACUUAGUAUUAAAUAAAUAACUUUUAAGCUGCAUACUAGAGUAUUUCUAUUUCAAUGUGGGUUAGAAUAACUCAAACAACCAUGUAUCAAGGGAGAAAAAUUCCUCUUUAUUUAGUUAGUUCAAGCUUAAACGGAAAUAUUGACUAUUCUGACUCAAGAAACGUAAGACUCCUAUUCAGUGCUUAAAAUAUGACAAAUGGUCUGCAAGUUACAUUUGAGACUUUCUUAGCAUCAGGUUCUCAAUGCUUUCAAGGCAAUCUUCCCGUUGUUGACGGUUCAAAUUGGUUUUUUAUAUAUCAUGGAAUUAAUUUAUAAAGUUUCAGAACUUCUUGUUACAUUUAUUCUCCUUCUAUCCAAGCCUAGGCUUUUUAAGCAGUAUCAACAGGAACUACUGCCAAUAACAAUUUAGGUUCUAGUUUUACAAUAUUUUUAGGAGGAGUUUUGAGACCAGCCUUCGCUAAUUGGUUUGGAGCUGUGAGCAUUCCUAGAGUUUAUGUUAAUUCAUAUUAUGAAGAUAUAAACUCAAUAAAUAAACUUUUAAUGAUAGGAAAGUUUACAUAAAUUUAUAGAGAAUACCUUUCUAUCAAUAGCCAGCUAGGAAUGUCGAUAUAGUAUCCUAACUCAUAUAAUUUUACAAAUUACAAGUCGAGUUAAAAUGUUAACAGCUUUAUAAUAGAUGGAUUUACAUUUAUUUCGUUUUCAUUUACAACUUCUGUGGAUUGGCCUUUAUCAUAAAUACUCUUAUAAAUAAUUCCAACAAAUCCCUUAAACAGUAAUAGAAUAGUUGUAGAUGUUUUAAAUAACAAUUUAAGAAUAACUUUCAAUGGCUUUACCUAUAAAUUUGCAAAUUUAAAUAAUCCGGAGUAAUUAACUAAAAACUAGUCUUACAAUUUAUUUAUAUUUCUCUAUAAAGCUCUUGGAAAUACUGUUUUGAUGGUUAAAUACUAUUUAACAACUGUUAGAAAUCAAUUAGAUGAUUCUCAUUAUUAUGAUUUUUAAUGGGUUCCUCUAUCAUCACCAAUUGAUAUAACAAAUAACAAUUAUUAUCUGUAUUUCGGCAAAGCUUAAACUAAUAUUUUGAUUUAUAACGUAUUUGUAUCUAAAGGUGGUUUAUUCUAUAGAAAUUCUUAAGAUGAUUGCUUAUAUACUUUGAUGGAUUUAAAUACUCCUAUAUCUAAUAGUGGCAAUAAAAAUUAUCCUUUUGCCAGAUAUUGUGUCUUUUGUAAAGAUGCGGGUAGUUAUGUACUGGAAAAUUAAAAUACUAAUUCUUUUUGCUCUGGUUCUUGUGGUGGCAAUUAUUUAAAUUUAAACUAAGCUUCUCUAUUUUGCUAAAACGCAAUAUUAAAUAUGAUCCCAUGUUCAGACACAGUAAAUUGCUUAUAAUGUUAGUUUGCUCCAGCUAAUUGCAUUACUUGCUAAUCAGGAUAAUAUGCAAAAUAAAUAUCACAAUAUUAGACUUAAUGCACAUAAUGUGGAAAUAAUUGUUCUGCAUGUACUAAUGCACAAUAGUGUACUUAAUGCAACUCUAAUUAUGCUCUUUCUAAUCUAUAAUAAUGUGUUUCAUGCUCUAAUUAUGAUAGUGAUUGUUUAACAUGCAAUACAAAUGGGUGUACAUAAUGCGGCACUAAAAACUUAGGUAUUAAUGGAUAAUGUGUGUAGAAUUGCGAUUAUGGGUAAUAUCUCCAAGUUGUACCUAUAAAUUAAUGUGUGAAAUGUGAUAAUAAUUGCCUUGCUUGCAGUCUUAAUUCCCAAAAUCAAUAUACAUGCAGUGUUUGUAAGGAUAGAAUUGUAAAUCAAAACGGUGUAGCCUCUUAAAUAUUUUAAGAUUUUUAAAACUCUAUCUAAUCUUGUGUUACAUAAUGUAGAGCAGGUUACUUUGGUAAUGCUGCUACAUAUUAAUGCUAGGCAUGCUCAAGUUAGAUAUGUGCUACUUGCUAAAACUCUGCUGAUAAUUGCUUAUAAUGUGCCAGUACCUAUAAUUAACUUAAUGCAUUUGAUAAAAAUAAUAACCCCAUUACAUUAUGCUCUAAUGAUUGUAUUAACUACGCUUCUUUGGACUCUAAUGGAAAUAUUUAAAGCACUCCAAUUUCAAAUAUUAUUAGUAAUAUAGGGUUUUACGUUAAUGCUGCUCUCAAAUAAUGUUCCCCUUGUCCAACAGGUUGUACUUUAUGCAAUGGAAAUACUUAUUAGCAGUGUACAGCAGCUGAUAAUUUACAUACUUUCUUAAAUUCAGGUGAUUCUUCAACCUAUUACUCUGACUCAUGCAAACUAGGAUAUUAUUUUGUUUAAUUGCCUAAGCCCACAGAUCUUAACAUUUAAUGUUUAAAAUGUGAUCCGAACUGCUUAGGAUGCUAAUCUUACUCUAAGACUUUGACAACUCCGAAUGGCAAACAGUGCACAUCUUGUUCUUCAGGCUCAUUUUUAGAUUCAAAUUUGUAAUAGUGCGUAUAAUAAUGUUCUUCUGGAUAUUUCCAAAACAAAACUACGAAUACAUGUGAUAAAUGCUAUACAACUUGCAAGGAAUGUGUGGCAGGGACUAUGAACGAUUGUACCACAGCAUGCUAAAAUGGGGCUACCAUUUAAAUAUUUGAUAGCACGAACUUAAAUAUUUUUUCUUGUGUUCUUAGUUGCAGCAUGGGAUACUACUUAAACGUAAAUGUCACACCAAUUUAAUGCUAAUAGUGUCCAUAAUAAUGUGCUACAUGUUAAACAAACAGUGGUUGCACAAGUUGUGCAGCUAAAUAUUUCAGGGGACCAGUUGUUGCUAAUUAAAAUUACUUAACCUGCACAACUAACUGCACAGCUAUGGCUUAACCAGAUUAAUUGGAUCAAAAUCAUAUAAUUGGUUAUUUUAACAACCCUGCUGGAAAUAUUUGCAGUGAAUGCCAUCCAUAUUGCUCUGCUUGUAACUCAGCAAGUUUAUUAGAUUGCACUUAGUGUACUGUAUAUCAAGGAAUUUAAUUUUAUUUAUAGAAAACUAUAGCAAACGCAGCUUCUGGUUACUGCACUUAAUCAUGCUUAGAUGGCUAUAUUCAAUAAGGAGGAGCAAAUUAACCAUAUGUAUGCUAAUCUUGCACUUAACCCUGCUUGACUUGCUCAUAAACAACAGACAAUUGUACUUCAUGCUAUAGUGGAUUUUACCUUAAAACAACAACAAGCCCAUAGACCUGUGUUGACUAAAAUAGUUGUGGCUUGGGAUACUAUGGAGAUAGAAAUAGUCUAAAAUGCUAAAUUUGUGAUGCCUCUUGCUAUUCUUGCUCUGGAACAUCAACAAAUUGUACUAGCUGUAAAUCAGGUUAAAAGUUAAAAAAUAAUAUUUGCAUUUAGGCAAGUUAGUAUUGCGGUGAUGGAUACUUUGAUUAUAAAGAUCAGGCAAACUUGUUAAGCUGCUAAAAAUGCGAUUAAAGUUGCUAUUUAUGUAAAGAUGAUUCUAUGUCUUGUACUGCUUGCAAAUUGGGACUGUUUGCAUAUAACAAAUAAUGUAUCUCUUAGUAAGAUUGUUUAGCCAAAUUUAUGAUUCCAGAUAGUAGUUCAGGAAUAUGCAUGCCUUGCGCAACAGGUUGUCUAUAAUGUAAAAAUACACCUACGAAUUGCUAACUUUGUGAUACUAGCCUUUAAUAUUACUUUUAGUCUCCAUCAAAAUGCGUUUUAACAUGUGAUCCAGGCUAUUUUCCUACUACCUAGAAUAACAUUUAAGUUUGUUCAUAAUGUUACAGCACUUGCUCUUAGUGUAAAGACUCUACUCCAUCAUCUUGUUCUGCUUGUAAUCCUGGUUAUUACUUAACCUAAUCUAAAUAAUGUGUUGCAACAAAGAGCUGUCCUGAUGGAUUUUAUGGAGAUGAUUUAACAAACACUUGCAAACCAUGUGACUCUAAAUGUGCCACUUGUUUUAAUCCUAAAAAUAAUUAAUGUAACUCUUGCAACAAGGGAUAUUACUUGUAUAAUCAUUCUUGCUAACCUUGCAUGACAGGUUGUAUAGAUUGUACCAGUUUGCAAAAUUGUAAUCAGUGUGAUUCUACUUAAGGUUAUUUUUUCUAUCAGCAGGCUUGCUAUAAAACAUGUCCAAGCGGAUAUUUAGGAGAUAUUAAGCAAUCACCCUCUUGCAUUUAAUGUGCUUAAAAAUGCUUGAUAUGUUCUGGUAAAAUUGAUACAUGCACUUAGUGCAAUUUAGGAUAUUAUUCAAAUGCUAGUGAUUGUAGCCCUUGCUCUUAGUAUUGUUAAUAAUGUACCAACUCAACUACCUGCCAACAAUGUUAAAGUGGCACUUAUCUUAUAAAUUCUGGUUGUACAACUAAAUGUCCAAUAGGCAUGUUUGGAAAUUAGAUUACUUAGAUGUGCUAAAAUUGUGAUACUUCAUGCUCUACUUGUAAUGGACCUUAUUAAUUUGAUUGCCUAUCAUGUUAAGACCCAUCUAAAGUGGUGAAAGAAGGAGUUUGUGUUGAUCCUAAUCAAUGUAUUGGGUCAUACUUCUUAGAUAAGAAUAAUAACUGUUCUCCAUGUGACUAAGGAUGCUUAAGCUGUAAUUAAACAAGCUCAAAUUGCAGCUUAUGUGAUUCAAAUUAUUUUUUCACAAAUUACUAUGCAAAUGGGUAAGUAGUAACAAGGUGCUUUAAAGUAUGUCCUACUGGGUACAUUCCUAGCUCUGCAUAGGACCAAUAAAAUUAAUCUAACAUUUUAAACUAGUGCAUUUAAUGUACCCAAAAUUGCACAAGCUGCGCUGCUCCAUUAUAUCUAUAUGGAAAUCAAUGUUUAGCAUCCUGCCCAAAUGGUUUUAUAGGUAGCACUAGCAGUAAUACUUGUAUUAAAUCAAAUAAUAUUUUUUGUUAAAUAAAUAAUCUCCAAUCAUCUUCAGUAUUAGAUCCCACAAAACCUCUUUCUUUUUAAGGAUAUUUGGCAACUACUUAACCUAUAUCUACUAUGGUGUGGACUCUCUCUUCUCAACCAUAAGGUUAAUAAAUCCUUACAGUAAACUAAUAAGGAAUUCCUAGUGGUGUUUUUAAUACCUAAAAGGUUUUGAUUUUACCUCCAAAUACUUUAUAAGCUGGAACUCAAUAUUAAUUAUCUCUUCACGGAACACUAACAGGUUCAUCUGAUGUUUGCGAUAAAUAACUACAAUUUAAAACUUCAUCUUAAAUCUAAAAAGGCACAUUAAGCGUUUAGAAAAUACAGUAGUAAUAUAAGCUAGAUACAACUAUUCAAGCUUACCAAUUUACUAUCAGCGGAUUCUCUACAAGCGAUAGUGGAUAAAAUAUUAUGUUUGACAUCGUUUUAAUAAAUUCUUAGACUAAUUUAGUAAGCAUCUUAGUAGCUUAGCAGCUAAGUACCUCAUAGCCUAUACAGUACACAUAUUUAUUACAAAAUCAGUUAGAAAUUUAAACUUACAUUCCUUAAGUUAUUGCUUACACAGCAAGCUCUCAGGUUUCUGUGUAAUCCUCAACAUAAAUAACAACAUAAGGUACAAUAUCAAAACAAAAAGCUAUUUAAUAAAUAAAUUCAACAGUCACUUCUGCUAAAUUCUUAUUUAGCUCAUUAGAUGAUAUUAAUUACUUAACUAAUCUGUUUUAUUAAUCUUACUUAUCUGACUUCAAAACAACUCAAAAGAACUAAAUUGCGUUCCAAAGCUUUUUUGAUGUCUAUGAUUCUUUGAAUGGCAAUUACUAGAGUACAUGCAAUCAAUCGUUCUUUUGUAGCAACUAAGGAACUUGUGCUGAAAGCAAGUCUUAUAUUAGAAAAUGCAUAUGUAAUAAGGAUUACAGUGGAGAUAAUUGUGAGUAUCUUGGUACAGAAUUUGGUAGUAUUAAAAAUUUGAUUAGCUCUGUUACUUCUUCAAGUUUAAUAACAUCACAAAGUACUAAUAUGCAAUCAAAUUUACUUAAAUUAAGUAUAAUCCACAAUUUAAGCAUUGCCAAAGGGAUUUUAUCCCUUGAAGAUUUAAGAAUUCUGAUUAGUGUUUUCUUUUACAUUCUAUAAUAAGGUACUACUUAGAUACAACUUACUGCUACUUCUUUCCCAAUAAUAUAAGAUACUAUUCAAAAUAUUUUAAGAAGUAUGUUUAGCACUUCAGCUCUCUCAAUAAUAGAUAAGGCAAAUAUAGAUAAAUUAAUUUCAAUGUACGAAUAAAACAUAUUUUUAUCAACUCAAUAUCUUGCAGGACAAAAGAAUUACUAUGAAGAUGGAUUAUUUUCUAAAUUUGAAGUUAUUUAUUUGAAUAACUAAGCUAUAUCUGGUUCUACCAAAAACGUUUUUACCAUAUAAUCUUAACUUAGUAAUGCAACCUAUUAAAUUCCUCUUUCCUAUUUGUAGAACAACUCAACUGUGAUGUACUUUGUAUCAAUAUAGUAAAAAUAUAAUAUUUAUAACUAAUACACCAGCUAUGGCUAAUUCUCGACUUCAUUGUUUAGCUCUCUGAGCCUAAUUGAUGGAUUGGGAGCUAUUAUAGAUAUUUCUUCAUUUGAUUAGGGUAUGCUAAUUUAGUUACCUAAGAACUACAACUAUAACACUGUAACAGGAAAUUCUGGUCAAAAGUAUUACAGAUGUACUUACUUAUAAGAGUAUACAAACAAAUGGUAGGAAGAUGGCUGUUAAUUUGUUUCAGAGACACUAACAUAAAUAGUUUGUUCAUGCACUCAUUUAACUACAUUUUCUGUAUAAUCUAUCCCAUAUAAUUUGUAGUAAAAACCUACACAAUUAGAUAUCUUAAAUGCAAAUGGAUGGAGUAAUUUACAAGAAUUUUUAAAUAACCACAAAGAUGGAAUAGUUAUUCCAGAUACUCCUGAAGUUGUAUAGCCAAGUAAAUGGUUUCCAAACCCCAUCGGCCUUUACGCGUUAUUAAUAAUAUUAGGUCUUUACAUAAUAUUCUCAUAUACUUCUAUCUGGAUUUAAAGCGAUAAAGUUGUAGCUGAACAAAAGAGACAUUUAACCUAUCACCCCUUGCUUUCUAUCAUUUUUGGACAAAACACUUAAGAAGUGUCAUCCUCGAUGAAAAUACUCUAGCUCUUUAUUUAAAUAAUAGGAAUAUUAUUUAUUAACUGCUUUUUAGAUACGUUGAAUGUAGCUUUAAGGGUUAUUAUUUGCAUAUUAGUAAGUAGCGCCUUCCAUUCACUUAUCUUUAGGAUCUACAAUCAUAAAAAAUAUUAGAAAGUAACAAACUCUUACCCUAAUUAAAAAUAUUUAUCUUAAGUUGACUAAAUAAAUAUGAAUUAUGAUCUAAGAUAAUUUAAAAUGACUUUCUAUAUAAUAUGUUCUGUUCUUUAUCUUAUAGAGGGUAUAGGAUUGUCUGUUGCUGGAAAUUUAAUUGAUACAAAUAAAAACUUAGAUUUCAUAAUUUCGUGCGUAAUAUCUAUUAUUAUAGAUAUUGCUAUUUUAGACUCUUUGAUUUUUCUUAUUGCGCAUUAUGCUUUGAAAAAUAAAGAAAAGCUUUCUUAUUUCUUCAAAAUAAAUGGGUAUUACGACUUAUUGAUAAGCAAUUAUGUUGGAAUUAGACAAAAUGAAUAAGAAUUUUGA